CCAAGUUCUUGUUUUAUAAUAAUGUCUCUGUCCUAACAUCAUCAACCAUGGAUGUCGCCGCGAGUCUUAUCGCCUUUAUCACCAUCGGCAUCCAGUCGACCCAGAUUAUCUACGACACCCUUUCCGCGAUCAAAGACGGUCCCGAAGUCGUCGCACGAGCGGCCAAAGACAUCCAACGCCUCAGCACCAUCUUGAAAUCGUUGGAACCUACCUGCGCGGUCGAGCCGGCGUGGGGACAAGAGCUCCGCCAACACCUCCAAGAAUGCACGACCGAUCUAGGGACGUUUGAGAAGUGGCUGGGGAAGUUCAGGAUUGACAAUGCCGACAGUCGCUUGGAGAGACUUUGCAGCCAAGUCAAGACUGCGCUCGGGAGGAAAGACUUUUCUGCUUUGCAUACGUCGGUUGCAAGCCACAUUGCGCAUUUGAACCUCUAUUUACAAAUGAAACAAGGCGACACCACGUUUGAAAUCCGAAAAGAAGUCCGCGUUCUGACCCGAACCCUUCACACAAGCGAAUCCAACAACGAGAAGAGAGCUACUGUUACAGGGGACAAGUUGUCAAGAAUUGAGCAGCGCGUAUCCGGCGUCGACAGUAUCCUUAAUGGACUUCGAAUGAAUUGGGAACAAAGGACAAGCUCAUUGUCGGCCGAGAAUCAAGAGACCCAUCAACUAGUGAGGGUUCUCAUCGAGAACCUCAACAACUUAUCGACUCAGCUCGAAAACAAGACUCGGGUUGUUAACGUCACUGAAGAGGAAGAGGAUGUAGAAGAAGUGAUCCAAGAUCCCCCUGACGACCCAUCUGUCAACUUACAGAGAACGAUUUCCAGGCUGUAUGAAGUGGCCAACCGUGAGCUAGCGCAGAUGUAUGGGCGAGGCUCAUACGUGACGGGGAACAGAGACGUGCUGGAUGGCUUGCUGGAGGUUUUUGAGCUCAUCAGGUGCGAAGCCAGCCAGGCCGUUGCCGAUAGUCGACGUGAGGGCUGGCCCAUACAUCAAACCGAUCAACAGACCCGGCUCCAAUACCUAUGGUACCAGCUUGAGCCACUAUACCACGCACUUGUCCACUCGCGAGCGGUUUCCCUGAAUCCUCCAACGCCAAAUCACCAGGAAGGUAUGUGUGUCAAUUUUGAUGUGAUCCCACCGACAGGCUCAGCUACAGGGCACCUGGGUCUAACGAAGACUGCAACAUUUCGGACAUCGACAUUCACUAGUUACGACAGUCCACACGCGAGAAUGAGUGUUGCCACGUCGAAAAAGUACAAGACUCGCCCCGGCUGCGCCAACCCCGGGCCAAGAUCCCAAACGAGUCCUCCAGAUAUUGACGAAGAGGUUUCAUAUUCUGUGACCUGGGCUCCAAAAGGCUCUUGUUUCAUGUUAAGACUGAAACAGACGCAAUACUGGAAUCUGGGUGGCGGAAUCCCUUCGCUCGAUAUCAAUCGGGUGGUUCCCUUAAAAUCACCUGUAUUCCAAGUUGUGGAAGAAGGCGACGUGAAGGGUCUCCAGCAACUGCUCAUUCGUGGCCAAGCAUCGUUGCGAGACCACUGUGAAUACGGUUGGUCACUCCUAAUGGCCGCCCUUACAGAGCACGUAGACAUGAUUCAAUUCCUGCUAGAUAAUGGAGCGGAUGUUAACCAUGUCGACCACGGCGGAGACGGUAUCUUUCAAUAUCUUUUUUAUGAGGAUUCUCGAUGGGAAGGUCAAGCGUCAGUAGUGAAGCGUCUCCUCGACACAGGGGCUGACCCCUUCCUCUGCACGUCCGACGCACAUCCAAUUGAAGAUAUCUUUAUGCGUGGUGAUCUGGUACGACGACUCUUGAUUUUCCAUCCUGCUCUCGUGGGCAAAGCUAGACUAACGAUUAACGAAACCGCUCUGCAGCAAUCCAUCAAGCACUUUUGUGAACUCAGCGGACUACCCACCGACCUCAAUGACACUUCGACAUCCAGUAAGGUGUCGCUCUUUCAUUGGUACUGCUCCAAUAGGGAUAUAACCACAGAAGGCUUACAAUUUCUCAUCAACCGAGGGGCCGAUAUCUAUGCUCGAGAUGAAUUUGGCAGGACAUGUCUUCAUAUUUGGGCUAAAUCUAACAGCGGAAGAUAUUUACGGCCAGCUAAAGGCUGGGAGCCAAUGCGUGAUGCUAUCAUCUUUUUGAUACAGUGCAGUAAGGAUCUUCUUUGGACCGACAAUCGUGGCUCAACACUUUCCUACGCUGCAUAUGAAACGGACCUUGCCGACAUCGAAUUUGAAUCUGGCGCGGUGGGCGAUAUCUGGGAUAGAGUUCUUGCCGAAUUGGGCGAAGAUGUUUCAGAAUUUCGCCAAUCCUUCCCCAGGCAGGCCAGAUACACUGAUGAUUAUACGCCGAGAGAUUUUAUGCGGCUCUGGCAAGGCAAAGAGCAUCUUUGUCCAUACUACAACGACGAUGAUCUCCAGGAACUCUGCUGCCAACUGGACUCUGGUCGAUGGGAAGAUUUGAGGAACAACUUCGGACUAUGGAUUCCUCGGCGAAGUUGGGAGUUUGACUCGAGUUCAGAAGGGAGCCUCGACGACAUAGACUCGGACCAGGGUUCCGAAUCGGACUCUAACGAUGAUAACGACGGCGGUGCUCCGAUAGGCGCCGAGGAUGAGAGUGAUCUUGAAUGAGAGAGGAUAUUAUAUGGUAGUGAUAGUUGUUUUUUAGAUUUGAAUUUUAAAUUAUUCAGUUUUAUUUCAUUUGGAU